AUGUCACCAGCUAAACGCGGUAAAUUUAUUACAUUUGAGGGAGGAGAAGGCAGCGGGAAAUCUACUCAGAGUAAUAUGCUAUACCAAUAUUUAUUAUCACGAAAUAUUCUAGUAGAUUUAACACGUGAAGUAGGGGGUACUCUUUCCGCUGAAAAAAUGCGUGAAGUUUUAAUAUAUCAAGAUUUAUUACCGAUGUCUGAGUUAUUGCAAAUUAUGGCAGCGCGUUAUGAACAUGUUCAUAAAAGGAUUAUACCCAAAUUAAACGCAGGCACUUGGGUGAUUUGCGAUAGGUUUAUAGAUUCUACUGCUUGUUAUCAGGGCUCGUAUAUAUCAGAUCAAUUGCCCCUACCAAAAAAUGAAAAUCCUUGA